AUGUCUCGACUCCUCAUAUUCGUCGCGAUUUUCAACGUGUGCUACUCGAAAUCGCCGUUCAAAAACUGGAUUCCCGAACAGAAAACGUAUUGCGAGCGGGUUGAGGUGAGGUCGAAUCAAACCGACGGAUUGGGCAUCGUCUGCGGGCCGGAAUCGUUGAAAAUAAUGCGCGAGCAAUUUGAGGUGACUCCCGUCUCCGAAUCGACGAUAUCUCUCAUCAACGUCGGUUGGAUUACAAGCGUCGCGAAAUCGCCACAUCGCAAAUUUUGGAAACAUUGCAAAGGGAAAAUGUUGAGGAUUUUCGAUGGGCUAUUCAAAAAUGAUGAGGAAUUUUGCUACCGUACCCAUCCGCAAAUCAAGCAUGAAUGCGAUUAUAACACGAAAAUUAGUGGAAUGGGCAGCGGGUACUGUAUGAGAGAUAAUGCUUGCGGAGCGCGAAUCCCAAUUCAUUUCAUGAGUCCGCCGGAAUCGAAUGCGAUUCACAUUGUUUGGGAGAAGAGCUCUAUCGAUGAGCUCAAGAGUAUGAAUUAUAAGGUGAUCGACACUUGCUACGGGUACUCGACGAGUCAGAAGCCGAACACGCUGCUGUUUGAAGAUGCCGCUGAUGAUAAUAAUAGCGAAUAA